CAACCAUGGCUCAGCCCUACAUGGGACAAAAUUCCAAGUCAGUGUCGCCGAGUCGCCCCGGCCUACGUCAGCCGACGCUGGUUUGAGACGAGAGGGUAUGGAUGAACGAGCAGUGAUUAGCUCGUCGUUCUCCGUCCUCGGUGUUGUGGACUGUGGAUUUGUUGCCGCUGUGCACAUACACUGUGGAACGUGCAACGCACGAGCCGACGACCCACGACCCACGACCCACGACCGACAAGAGAGGAUGAAUGACACCGGGACGGGCGGGACGGGAAGUUACGGUAUCGAGUAUGGUAAGUUUCGCGGCCCCCAUUGCAACGUGGCGCGACAGGGAACCCUGGCUGCCCUUCCUCCGACCGAACGCGAUGGCCAAGAGCGGGAGCCCCUUGAAAGCGCGUCUUGGAUUUGGGGUCCAAUCAGCCAGGCGGGAUGGCAACCGAGAGACACAAUCGGCGACUGGAGAUGGAGACAGCUCCAAACCCUCGAUCGCCGACUUGAUGUGUUGGUGACUAGCAAAAAUGCGGAAAUGUCGGGCGAACCUAUCCUAACUAGUGAAAUCAGAAGACCAACCGAAUUUUCAAACCUUUUGCUUCACGGCAUGCCCGCACUGAGUCGAUUUGAUUCUGGACAUGGACUCCCAGGCGAUGAUGGGUCAAUCGUCGGAGAGCGCUCCGUUCCGUUUUGCUUGCCCCCUGUGGUGGAGCGCUUUGGGGUGGCAUCGUGCAGAGAGACAGCGGAGUCUCGACGACGGUCAGAGGAAAUGAGAUUGGGAAGCUGAAGCUGGGGGAAUCUCGGCUGCUUCCAUGCCAGAUUUGAGCCCCGCCAGCAACACGAGAUCUUUCGUCUUUCGGGAACUGGCGCGCGGGAGGAUGUGGGGUGCAGGACGGGUAGAUCACGUGAGAGCCAAGCCAUGCGCUGAUUUGCUCUGGGCACCUCUGAUGGGUCUUGUUUUUUUUUGUUGAACGAAGGGCGGCCAAUUUGGCCAUUCACAACAGCGCGCACCCCAUCACGAACCAUUUUUGGCGAGAAAUUGGUGCAUCCCAAAGAUCGCGAUGCGAGCAGCGUCUUGGGGGCGGAAAAUA